AUGAGUGAAAGGAUGACGGUGAAAAUAUGUUUUGAGGAUAGUGAGUCUCCAAGUGCUUUAAAUGAGCACUUUUUCUUCAGCUUAAAUGUCGCUGAGAUGAACUCUGUGUACGAUGAUAUCACAUUCAAAAAAAUCUCACAGGGUCGUCAAACAUUUCCCUGUUCAUCUUCUCGAUGUGCGGUGGCAGAAACGACAAAGUCGCUUUCAACAUCUGCAUGUCAUUGCAACCCUUCACAUGAAUCCUUUUCAAACAAUAGAAUAGCUAAAGCCGACCAGAAAAUCUUCUUUGUAAUUAUGGCACCAACAAAACUCAUUUUUGCUUCAAUAAAAACACGACACUCUGUACACAUUUCAGUCGGUCUCGGUCGUCGUGCAGCUACAACAAGCACGGCGUGCCGUUUACAAUAA